UGCGCUCCGGGGCGCGGCGGGGUGCGGUCCGCGGGAGCGGGAGGCUGCGCGGCUCGGUAUCCAGCUCCCCUGUUGGCUUCGGCUUCUUCGGAAUUUGUUUGUUGGUCGAAGAAUGGAGACCGAUUGCAAUCCUAUGGAGCUGCCCAAUAAUACAGGAUUUGAAGAGGAUUCUGAUUACAGGGACUUCGAAGGAACAGACGUGAAAGAUAUGAGACUAGAAGCUGAAGCAGUUGUAAAUGAUGUUUUAUUUGCCGUCAGCAACAUGUUUGUGUCAAAAACCCUUCCCUGUGCAGAGGAUGUGGCAUAUAUCAAUGUGGAAACCAGGGAAAGGAACAGAUACUGUCUGGAGCUCACUGAAGCAGGACUCAGGGUAGUAGCUUAUGAUUUUGAUCAGACUGAUGACAGACUGCAAGCUCCAUAUCAUGAAACUGUCUAUUCCUUGUUGGACUCUCUCAGCCCUGCAUAUCGAGAGGUGUUUGGAAAUGCUUUACUACAAAGACUAGAAGCUUUGAAGAAAGAAAGUCAGUCAUGAUUUACCCAGAUAUGAGGAAGAUUUAGUGCCAGAAGGAAUUCUUAGUAUGAAGCACUGAGAUCUUCCUUACAACAUCUGAAGCUUCAUUUCUUGCAUUAAAGUCUACUUCAUGCUAGUACAUUAUUAUAUAACAUUUACACGUUGUAGUAAGUAUAUUAUAUAACAUUUUGCUGCCGUGGAUUUGCAUAUAUCACAGUGUUAUUAAAAGCCACUUUGAUAAAUUGUGGAAAAAAUUCUUAAUUUUACCUUUUGUUGUAAAUGAGCAUGUAAGUUGCUCCAUACGGUGUUCAAAAACCUUGGUCUCUUUUCCAAGUCUUAGUAUUCAAAACUAAAAAAAAUAGAGACUGAAUGUUAUAGAUAUAAGUAGUAAUUCUUUGUGUGUGUGCUUACUGAUAAUACUGAUAAUUUUCAUGCCUUCUUUUUAAUAUAGAAAGUAACUGCUUCCUCUACCCAGUUAAUGAAAAAAUAACUGGAAAACAUCUGCAAAGAAUUCCUGCUGAUUUGCUAUACAUAAAUCUGAGCGUUGUCAGCUUUGUAGCUAGAAAGAUGAUUCUUCAACAGUUGAGCAUUGCUUAUAUAGUGGUGGUAUCCGAGUUAAAAGUAAGGCUCAGCAUUAAUUGAUCUGUCCUUGUCUAUGGCAACCAGCAAGCUCCAAAUAAUAGUCGAGAUGAACUGCUUAUAGAUGAAUGUAUUGUCUGAACCACAAAUGAUUAAC